AUGUCCCAAAGAAUGCCAUACCAGUAUUAUCAAAAUGAACCGCAUCCUUCACGUCCAGGUUCAGCUCAGGCAGCACAUGUGCAACAUGCUACAAAUGGUUCAAACUAUGCAAGUCGCACAACAACUAUCAUCGACGAGCAAAUACGUAACAGAUUACCGACGUUGGUUCUUAAAUUAGAACAGCGAGCCGCUCAUAAUCGAAAUAGUGGGAAAAUGCAAAGCUACCAUAAACAUCCAAAGUUGGCUGAUCUUUCAGAUCGUGAACUCGACGAAUAUCUUGCAUAUAAUCUUCACGAGUUCAAACGCGACUUGAUGAAUAAUAUUGACAGUUUUCAUAAAACGCUGCUUUCGGCAAAACCAAAUCCUGCCAAACAAAGAGACGAUCCUGAAGGUUAUCGAAUUCACCUUGAGAAAUAUCAAGAAUUUUUACAGAUUGCGAAUCAAAUUAUGAAAAACAUGCAAGAUUCAUUUAACGACAUUCUAACACGCUAUCGAGAACAUGUCGAUAACCUUUGGUCAGCUAUUUGUCAAGGUCAAGAUGUGCGACAAGUGCAGCAUCAUUUUCAACAAUAUAUGCAACAAAAUAUGGCGCGUUAUUGGCAGCCUGUUUUCGACCGUGCUGAUCGACUCAUUGCAGAAAUUGAUCUGAACUUCCAUCAAUACUCAGCACAUCCGGUGCAUGUUAUCAAAAUAACACAUUAA